CCCCCUCAGGCUGUCAGCUCCCUGCCUCCCGCAUCAACAUCUGGGCAGUGACCAGCCGCAUACCAGGCCUGGGGCAUGGAUGCUCCCAUAUAUGAUCCCUUGUGGGUUGUUGGUGAUGGGCUAGUGAGAGCUGGAGGGGAACCCAAAGUCACUCACAGGUGGGGGCUGUGUUAGAUCUGUGUGGGGGGAGCUAGAGACAGCCAGAGAGUCAGUCAAGUACUGGUGGAGGUUCAGUUGUCCCAUGACAGCAGGGGAGGGGAUUGCUAAUGACCCCUUGAGUUCUGUGUGUGGGGUAGGACUGUCCUUGGGCUGGUUGCCAAGAGGGUUCAGCUCCCCCUUUCAUGCCUGGCUUGGGCUGAGAAAGGGUCUCAUUGGGUCCAUGCUGGGGGGACAGAGGUAAGCCCUCUAGUAUAGCACAGUGGUGCUCAACCUUUUCUUCCUGCAGGCCAGAUGGGCAGUGCCAGUGUGCCCAUGGGCCAGAUCCGGUCUGUGGGCCUGAUCCUGCUGCGUGGGUAGGAGAGGGUGCUUCAGCCCUGACUCUGCCACAUGGAGGGAGCAGGAGGUAGGGAAGCAGCCCAGCCCCGAUUCUGCUGCAGAAGGGCGCAGUGGCGGGGGGUAGCCUGAGCCCAAUCUGCCUGUGCGGGGCUUGGUAAUUUAGCAGUUGGGGAGGGGUGGUGAUAUUAAUUGCCAGUUUUGCUCUACUGCCAAAUUUCCUGAUCCAUGGGGAGCCCUGCAGGCUGAGUGCCAUGGCUCCAUGGGCCGGGUGUUGAGCACCCCAUGUAUACAAGUUUUGGGUGGGACGUUAGAGGCUUUUCUUUGGGGCUUUCACUCAUAGUGGCCAGUUCAUUCCCUUAAGGACAGUUUGGCACUCUAGUGCCUGUCUAUGCAGAGAUAAACAUGUUCCUUCCCUCUCCCCAUUCCCAGGUGCUCUACCCAUUCCCCACCUGCAGUCAGUGGCUGUGGCUGACUGGGAUUGACUGAGAUGCAGAGGAGGGGGCCUAUGUGACCAUCAGCAGUCACAUCUUACUCUCCACUCCAUCCCCUCCUGGGCUACUGCAACAUAUGCCUGGGGUGGUGGUCACCCUGGAGUGCUCCAGGCCCAGUCCCAACCCUCCGACUGCCUGUCCUUGGCUACAGACUGAUCUUAUUCCCCAGACUCUGCUGGACAAAAUCCCAGACCAAGCCAGCACCCUGGCCAGAUCUUACAACUUAGAUCAAGUUGCAGCAAGGAAAGUUUAGGUUGGAUAUUAGGAAAAAACUUUCUUACUAGGAGGGUGGUAAAGCACUGGAAUAGGUUACCUAGAGAGGUGGUGAAAUUUCCAUCCAUAGAGGUUUUUAAGACCCAGGUAGACAAAGCCUUGGCUGGGACGAUGUAGUUAUGCCUGGUCCUGCUUUGAGCAGGGGGUUGGACUAGUGUGACUUUCUGAGCUCCCUUCCAGCCCCCAUUUUCUACGAACCCCACCAGUCAUUCCAGUGAGCAUUCCUCCCUGAGGGUUUGCAGAAAAUAUGAAAUAUAAGGUCUGUCAUUUCCUCAUCCUGACCCCUCCCUUCUCUACGUACUUGUUAUUACCUGUCUGGUUCUAGCAUACCCUAGCUAUUCAGCAGGGGACCUGUAGUUUCCGUGGUCUUUAUUUUCUGAUUAGUGUAUUUAUAGAACCUCUUCUCAUUGUCCUUAGCCUCUCUUGCCCAGUUUAACUCAUUCUCAUAGUGCGAUGACCCCUGCCAGCUCCCUCAACACCCUUGGGUGGAGGGCAUCUGGACCUGCAGAUUUAAAAAUGUCCAGCCCUUCCAGAAGAUCCCUAACUACAUCUGCGCUGACUGAAGGCCUGAUAGAGCUAUCCCCAAGAUUGUCCCUACCUCUGGUAGGUGGGAUGUCCCGGUCCCUGUUCAGGAAAACAGAGGCAAAGAAACUGUUAAAAAUAUCAGCUUUCUUGUCUGGCGUGGCCACCAGAUUACCGUUUGUGUCUUGCAGGGACCUACAUUGCCUGGUGCCCUCUUCUUGCUCCCAAUGUACUUGAAAAAGGACUUUUUGUUGUCCUUAAUCCUGGACGCUAGCCUGAGCUCCAUCUCUGCCUUGGCCUUCCUAAUAGCCCUCCUACACUCCCGGGGCGAGGAGGAGUACUCCUCCUUGGUGAUAGCUCCUCUCUUCCACUGGUUGUACGCCCCCCUUUUAGUCCUCAGGCAUUGCUGAAUGCCCUUGCUGAGCCAAGGGGGUUUCUGAGCACUCUUACCCACCUUGCUUCUCUCAGGGACUGUUAUCCUUUGGGCCUGGAGGAUUGCCCCCUUAAGAUACGACCAUCCCUCGUGGACUCCCAUCCCUCAUGGACUUCUAGGCCCUCAGUGCCUCCCCCACUAGUCUCCUAAGCUCAUUGAAGUUGGCCCUUCUGAAAUCAAGGGCUUUAGCCUUGGUGUGAGCCCUAGACGCCCUGCGUUUGGUAAUGAAAUCCAGCAGGUGAUGAUCGCUAUUGCCCAGGUGGUCAAGGACCUGCAGUCCCCUCACCAGGUCAUCCCCCGUGGCCAGGACCAGGUCCAGCAAGGCGUUACCCCUAGUGGGGCUGUGCAUCUCCUGGAUAAGGUGAAGGUCCUGUAAUACAGCCAGGAACCUAUGCAAGCAGUCAGACCUGGCUGUCUGUUCCUCCCAGCAAAUGUCUGGGUAGUUUAGGUCACCCAUGACAAUAACAUCCCUUGACCUAACCGCCUCCAUAAGCUGACUGGAGAAGUCCUGGUCCAGCUCUUCCCCCUGGUUGGGUGGUCUGUAGUAGACACCCACCGUCAGGUCCCUCUCACCAUGCCCUGCUUGUAGUUUGACCCAUAGUGUUUCUGCCCGACCCUCCUCUAACCCAAAGCCAAUCCUUGAUGUGAGGUGCUCUUUGACAUAGAGCGCAACCCCCCACCUUUCCUCUCUGUCCUGUCUCUCCUAUAUAGGGUGUACCCCCGAAUGCCCAUUGCCCAAUCAUAGGUAGGGUCCCACCAGGUUUCUGUGAGCCCUACUAAGUCUGGGUUCUUGCUUGCAAUCAGGAAGCACAGUUCCUCCUGCUUAUACCCCAUACUACGAGCAUUAGUGUAGAGGCACCUGAGGCCUCCUGAGGGUGAUUGUGCCUUCCUCCCACACCCAGGACAGUUGUGGCCCCCUGCUCCCUGGACGUUGAUACUUACCUGUGCUUCCCUUCCUCUUGUCACCCUGCAUGCUGGUGAAGCAUCCUCUCCACUCGAAGCGGCCCCUUCCCCCAGCGAAGCUAGUUUAAAGCCCGCCGUAUGAGAUCAGCCAACCUAUAUUUCUUGGUAUGUUUCCUUAAUACCUGCCAGCCCUUCCAUUGCCUGCAUGCUUUCCUAGAAGCAACUUGUGCAGCCACUGUGGUUCUUGUUGAGCUUCCAAUACCAUGCCCUUUAGAAACUGCCAAUCCUUCUGGACCUUUUUAUCCCAUGGCACCUUGCCUAUUUCCUGGAGUCAGUUAAAAUCCAUCCUUUUGAAACCCAGGGUCUUAGUUCUGCUGACCUCCUGCAUUCCCUGUCUCAGACCAUAACUCUAUCCUGCCAUGAUCACUUCCUCUCAUGUUUCCCAUCACCUUCAUGUCCUCAAGCCAAUUGUUCCCUGCUGGUCGGAACAAGAUCCAAGACUGAUGAUGCCCCAGUCACAUCCUCAACUUCCUGGAAUAAAAAGUUGUUCUCUACACAAGUCAGGAACUCCCUCAACAUUUUAUAUUUUGCUGUAUUAUUCCUCCAGCAGAUAUCUGGAAAGUAAGAGUCUUCCAUAAGUAUCAUCUCAUACUUUUUGGAUACUUUUGUCAUCUCCUUCAAAAGUAUCUUAUCCACCUUUUCUUCCUGACUUGGUGCCCUAUAAUAAAUCUCCACCAUUAUAUUACCACUGUACCUUUCCCCCUUUAUCUUCACUCAAAUUACACUCAUAUCUGUUAUCUUCUUCCUCCUAGACCAGAGAACAAGUAUGUGUAUUUUUGAUGUACUACAGUAGCACCACCCUUUUUUCCCAAUUCUGUCUUUCUGAAAGUGUACCCUUCAAUGUUGAGGCUCCAGUCAAAAGAGAUGUCUCACCAGGUCUCUGUAAUAGUUUUCUUUACAGGCUUGACUUCCAGUCCAUCCUCUUUGUUUGCCAUACUCCUUUUAUUUGUAUACAUACAGGACUGUCACUUGCAAAUCCAGGGAAGUGAUUCUUCUCUUUUUAGCAGAGACCUCAGCUGGGGCCCCACACUUCAAGAAGGAUGUGAAGGUAUUGGAAAGUGUCCAGUGCAGAGCAACCAAAAACAUGAAAGGCCUGGGAAACAAGACUUCUGAGGAAAGACUGCAAGAACUAGGGUUAUUGCAUUUGGAGAAGAGGAGACUGAGAGGGGAUCUGCUAAGGGUCUUCAAAUACUUGAAGGGCAAUUAUGGAAAGGAAGGAGAUGUGCUUUUCUCUGUAGCCUUAGGGGACAUGACUAAGAGCAAUGCAUCAGGGAAAAUUUAGGUUGGAGAUUAAGAGCAACUUCCUGACUGGGGGUGGUCAAGCAUUGGGACAGGCUGCCUAGAGAAACUGUGCAAUCUCCAUCCCUGGAAAUUUUCAAGAGCAGGUUAGACACACAUGUGGCUGGGAUGAUCUAGUCAGGGACGAUCUUGCUUAGAGCAGGGGCUAGACUAGAUGACCUUGUGAGGUCCUUUCCAGCUCUAUUUGCCUAUGAUCUGAGGUAUAUUACAUUUCACCUUGCAGUUUCCUGUUGCAUUCCUUUUGGCUGUCCUGUGGCUCUCUAGACCUUCUCCUGAUUGAAGAUGCUUCUUUUGGGCUUCUUCCCUCCAGCUGUGCUGGAAGAUUUUUUUCCCCACCUUCCCCUGUGGAACCUCAUUUAAAGCCCUCCUUAAUAGGUUAGCCAGAAGAUACCAAAAGAUGCUCUUUUCUGUCCUUGUCAGGUGGAUCCCGUAGAUAGUAAUCCUUCUCCUUGGAUCAUCUGCCUGUUGUUGAGGAAUCCAAAGCCUGCACACUGGCACCCCUUUCUCAGCCACCUGUUUUACCUCCAUGACAUAAUGGUCCCUGCCUGGGCACUGACCUUCGACCAGGACCAAUGAGGAAAUCACCUGCACCCCAAACCCUUCAAUCCUCCUGCCUCUUCCUGCCACACAUGAGAAUCUAUAUUGCACAAACACAGGUAGCCAGGAAAACACCAGGGCAAGUGCAUGUUCUUCUGUUUUGUAGGAGUUAACAGUGCAAGGUGGGGCUGUUGAUCUGUCCCUUGCCUCUUUUACCAAUACCUUUUAGUACCUUGCCAGCCUACCUUGCAAUGCAGGGAACACAGUCAAAAUGAUGUGUGACAAGGAAUAUUACAUGCUUUGUUUCUAGCCCACUCCCCUCCCCUGCCACCACCUCCUGUGUCUAUACAUACUAGUGGGUGGAUGCUUAUUGUACGUGGAAAGGGCAGUAGAUGUGCAGUUUAUGCACAUGAAUCAUGAGGCUGAUGGCGCAGCACCGUGGCUGCUGAUGUCAUAUAAGAAGACUUAUUCAGCCAAUCAGGAUAUGGCUGUAAGAUGUGGUCACAGCUCCAUAGCAGCCCGUUGUGAUGUAGGAGACACCCCCAGGUAUAAGAAGCUGAGUGACCCAGGGGAGAGCUGAGUCUAGAGGCCAACUUAACUUGAAUGAACUACAGCAGCUGGCAGGAGCUGCCAUGGCUACCCAGAGCAGAGAGGAUGGCAUCACACUGUCAAGGGAGGAAAUGGAAACCCUGAAUGCUGCCUUUGAGCAGGGUACCCUUGCUGGAGCAGCAUCCAGGCUGCAAGAGAUCCUGGAGUCACUAGAGACUGUCCACCUGGACAUGGUCAUCAUGGGUGAAACAGGUUCUGGGAAGUCAUCCUUUGUCAACGCGCUCCGGGGGCUGAGAGAUGAGGAUGCAGGAGCUGCCCGUACUGGUGUGGUGGAGACCACACAGGAGCCGACCCCAUACCAGCACCCCCAGUACCCCAAUGUGACCAUCUGGGACCUUCCAGGAAUCAGCACAUUUGGUAUCUACCCAGAGGCCUACCUAGAUCAGCUUGGCUUCUCAUCUUGCAAUAUCUUCAUCAUCAUCGCCUCACAGCACUUCACAGCCCAACAUGCCGUGCUGGCCCACCAUAUCCAGAGCAUGGGCAAGAGCCUCUACUUUGUCCGCUCCAAAGUGGAUGUGGACCUGGACUCCUCUCUCCAGCGCCGACCGUCCAGCUACAGUGAGGCAGGGGUGCUCCAGGAGAUCCAGGAGGACUGCGAGGAGGGCCUGCGGGCCCAAGAGAUUGAGUUUUCCAGGGUCUUCCUGCUCUCUGCCUUUGAGCUGGGCAAGUACGACUUCCACCUCCUGAAGGAGACCUUGGAGAAGGAGCUGAAACACCACAAAUGGGAAACCUUCCUGCUGGCCCUGCCAGGCAUCUCCCUGCAAAUCCUGGAGAAGAAGAAAGCCUCCAUGCUGCAGCACAUGUGGCUGGUCUCAACUGUGGCCAGUGGUAUCCACACUGUGCCCAUCCCUGGGCUCUCCAUCUCCUGUGAUGUGGACCUCUUGGUCAGGACAUUACAAGGCUACUGCAAGGCCUUUGGCCUGGAUGACAACUCGUUAGAGAAACUGGCAGCACAAAUGGAUCAGCCUGUGGGACAGCUGAGGGCUUUGGUCAAGUCACCUCUGGCCAAAGAGGUCUCCAAGACGCUGGUGGUGCAGCUGCUGACUCAAGCAACCAGCAUGGUGCCAAAGUUAUCCAAGCAGGUGGUCAGCACUGCCCCCGUGCUGGCCUCCAUGGCCUCUGGAGCACUGUCUUUUGCCACUACGUACAAGAUGAUAAGGAGCUUUGUGGACAAGGUCACUGAAGAUGCCCAGAGGGUGCUGAUCAAAGUGUUUGAGGUGGAAGCUGAGAAGUGAUCCAGAAAGGAGGAAAAGAAACAUCAAGGCACGCUCUUUUGAGGGAGGGGGAACCAAAUCCAGUCCUGGGGCAAAGGGGAGCCCAGACUUCUCAGGAAACCCACCAAGCUUCCUACAGCACAGCAAAAUUUUGUUGCUGAGCUGAAUAUAAAAUAUAGAAGUGAAUGCUAGCCUUC